AUGUCUGAAGAAACUAGGAAAGGCCUCAAGAGGAGGUGUAUAUCGCUUGAAAAUAAAAUUGAAAUUAUAAAUCGGUUAAAAGAUGGUGAAAAAUUAUCGGCUAUUGCCAAAUCAACAAAUUUAAAUGAAUCAACCAUUCGAACCAUAAAUAAAAAUGCAGAUCAUAUAAGGAAAACUGUGGCAGAUGGGUGUCCUUCAGUUGCAAAACGUGUCACUCGCACGCGACCAUCUAUUAUGGUGAGAAUGGAACGAGGAUUGAUGAUUUGGUUAGAAGAUUGUAUAGCUAAAAGAAUUCCUAUAAGUGGAAAUCUUAUAAAACAGAAAGCUCUUAAAAUUUAUAAUCACUUAAAGAAUAACGGACCUUCACUACAUAACCAUUCGUUUGCCGCGAGUAAAGGAUGGUUUGACAAAUUUAAAAAACGGCAUGCCUUGCAUAAUAUAAAUUUCAAGGCGAACAGGCAUCAGCAGAUUCAGAGGCUGCCGAAAAUUUUAAGCUGA